AUGAUUUUAUGCUUAUAGACAUGCUUUUUAUUGUUUUCUUAUAUUAGAAAAGCAAAACUCUGUGAUCCAUCUACUUUGGAAGAUUGCUUAUUAGAACAUGAUCGAACAAUAUAAUUGCCUCUAUCUGGUAAAUCAGGUUAUGGUUAUGGCUUUUGGUCUUAAUAUUUAUCAACAGAUUAUAUUUUAUAGGCUAAUAUCAAAAGUUAUGGGAGCUUUGAAGGCCUAUUAUUAGCUUAUGAGUCUGAUAGUAAUAAUAAGGAGGCUCGAAUGCUAUAUUAUUAAGAUUGGACUAACAAUAAUACAAACUAAGAAAAAUAUAUAUAUUUCUCAACUAUAACUAAUAAGAAAUAUUAAAAAGCUGCUAAAUUUAUAUUUGAUUCAUUUUCAUUUGAUGGAAAAUGGAUUUAUAAUUAUUUUGCUUGUGAAUUUCCAAAUAAAAGACAAGUUUUUCUAUAUGUUAUGGGUGAGUCUUAUUCGGGGAAAACUUAUCAGUUCAGCUCUAAUUUAUCAACAUAAAGCAUAGAUAUACUUCUUAAAGGAAGGGUAAAAAUGAUAAUAAGUUCAACUGAAAAAAUUUUUAUUUAAUAUUCAGGAAGGAUUUCAAAUUUGCAUAUAAAUCCAAGCUUAAAUAAAUAUAUUUUUAAUACAGUAAAUGAUUUUUAAAGUUACCUUAAUUAAUAAUUUAGGCCUCAGCCAUUUUGUUAAUUAACUAUAUUUAAUUCUAGGCUAAUUGAAAAUUAUAAAUAUAUAUAUGGUCUAAUUUAAUUUGAAUCAUGGAUUAAGAUAGAUUAUAAUUUAGUAUGAUUUAUAUAUAAAUAUUAGAAUAUUAACUAUUCAGCAAGUGCUUUUGGGAUUGAUAUGUAUUUUAAAUUGAUCCCAAAUUAUUAUUAAAAACUAAUUGACUUAUAGUAUUGUAUAAUUUAAGCCUGGAAAUAAAACUUAACAAAUGGUGUUUACUUUCAAACAUACUAUUAAAAAUAACCAGAUUUUACAGUAGACACUGACUAAUUUUUUUAUAAUCAAAAAUUCGCUUUUCACACUUUAGAAUAAGAUUUAAGGUAAUGGCAUUUUGUUUCUUUAAUUUAUGGAUUUGAUAAAUCAAAUAUUCCUGUUUCGCAUUUAAAAAUGUGGUUUAAUGAUGAGUACAUUUAUGAGGUAAAAUAUAAUAAUAGAACUUUUCAUUUUGAUGGAGCUACAAUUAAAAUUAGAAGUGGUACAAAUUAUGGUCUUGAAUCAAAUGGAAUUUAUUUUACUAUUUAAAAAAGUAGGAUUACAACAUGUAUCCCAUAAUCAUUUGAACUCAUUAAAAGUAUAAAAAUUAAAUAUUUAAGAGUGUGAUCUUAGCUGUUUAGAUUGCAAUGGACCAUAUUUUGAUUAAUGUUUAAGUUGUGAUCUUAUAUCUAAUAGGUAUUUAGAAAAUAAUUAAUGCAAAUGUAAUUUAGGUUUUAUCGAGAGCAAUGAAGGAAAUUGCAUAUGUAUAGAUUUAACAAUUUUUUUUAGUACUAAAAGAGUUUUAUUCAAAUUCAAAUUAAACAUAUGUUCCAAAAAAUUAAACAUUGUCUAAAUUUGGUUUCUUUCCAAUUUAAAUAAAUAAUUAGAGUGUAAUAUAUUAACCCUGUCCUUAAUUUAAAUUAAAUUAAUUUGAUAAAAUACAUUGUAUAGAAUGUUUAAGUGAACCUGAAUCUUUUACUAAGAAUUUAAAGUGUUAAUCAGAUUACAUUUUUAGUUAAUAUGGAUAAUAUGAAUUAAUUAAAAGAAGUGAAAAUGAUAAUGAGUUAUAUUACUUAGAUAUAAAGACCUCAUCACUUAUAUUGUGUUUAGGAUGCAAAUCAUAUUGUAAUCCAUAAAUAGAUCAAGAUUGCUAUUUUAAUAAUUUACUUUUAGUUUAUAUAACUUGCUUGCCAUCAUACUAUUAUAAUUAAGGUUUAAGUUAAUGUUAAAUGUGUCAUCAAAAUUGUUAAACUUGCAGAGAUUUUGAAAUUUGUACAUCUUGUUAUAAUUAAAUGGCAUUAAAUCCAUAAAAUAAUAAUUGUGUAGUUUGCCCAAAAUUAUGCUUAGAUUGUGAAUAUAACUUUGAAUUAUUAUAAUGCAAAACAUGCAUAGAAAAAUAUAGUUUAUAUUAAGGAUAAUGUAUACCUUGUGGAAAAUAUUGCUUAAAAUGUAUAUACCUCUAGGAUGAAAGAGAUGGAUCAUAUUAUAAUAAAUGUAUUAUUUGUUUGGAUAACGCAAAAUACUUUUUAUCCUUAAAUGGAAUUGAUUGUUAAGAAAAUUUUGAUCCAAAUUGCUUAUAUAAAAUAUAAUUUCAUAAAUCUUGGUUUAUGAGAAAUUAUGUCAGCACUAUAUUUCAUACUUUUUCAAGAGGAAAUUUUAGUACAAGUGAAAUUAUAAAUUAUUGUGCUCUAUGUUCUGAAGGUUAUGCAACCUAAAUAACAGGAGAAUGUAUAAGAAUAGACUAAAUAUAACAGUUAGAGAGCAAUUUAGCAAGAGAUUGUUCAUAAAUGUUUAUAAUAGAAUCUUCACAAGCUUUUGAAUUUAAUUAAACAUUUUAUAAAUGUACAUCUUUAUACUAAGAUUACAGGAAUUAUUAAUUUGCUUUUUCAUCAAAUGGUUGCUAUGAAAUGCUAUUAAAUUGUGUAAUAUGUUUGUCAAGCUAUUGUUUGUAAUGUUAUCCAGGAUAUUAUACAGAAUUAUAAACUGGUUAAUGUCUACCCUGUCCUUAAGAACUUAAUUGUUAUAGAUGUUAAUAAGAUUCUAAAAAAUGGAAAAAUGGAUGGAAAAUAAAUUACAAAUCUUAUCAUUAUUUAACUAAUAAUGGUUUAUUCCAUAUUGAUGUGUUUGGAAAUGUAAAAAAAGAUGAAUUAGAAAUUCUUUGUAAAACUUGUACGAUUGAAUAUGAAUUUUAUUAAGAUUAAUGUAUAAAAAAAUGUGCAGAAAAUUGUGAACUUUGCAUUAAAAAAAAUGGAUAGAAUUAAUGUGUUAAAUGUAAGAUAUACGAAGGAAGACGCUUAUCAUUAUAUGAAGGUAAUUGUAUAGAUUGUCCAAGAUAUUGUUAAAUUUGUAAACCUAAAACUAUUUCUGAAUUAUAAAGGAUUAAUCCUUAUUAUUCAAAUGAAAAACUUAUUUCGUCAACACAUACAUGUUUAAUGUUAGAAUUAGAACUUAAUUCUUAAGAUUAUUAUUACAACACAUAAUUUUAAUAAUUUUUAAAAUUAAGUACUACUGAAGCAGAUCCAAACUAAAUUAUUUUAAAAUUUAAUCUCUUUUGUAGUUUAGAUAAAUUUAACUAAGAAUAUUAAAAGGCUCUUAAUAAAUAACUAUUUCUAAACCAAAAUGUGAGAAUUGAUGAACUUCUCACAAAUAAUAAAUCUUAAAGUAAUUUUGGUAGAAUAGAAAAUCUGAACCUUUAUACUUAUUUAAGCAUUUAGCAGAUAUAGGAAGUUGAAUUAUAAUUUACACUUACGUAAGAUUGUGUUGUAGAUACUCAGUCCUAUAUUUUUACUACUUUGACUUAGAAUAUAUAUUUCAUUAAUUCAGCUAAAUUAACAAUAUAGGGAAUGGGAAACACAUUAUUUCUUUAAUCUAAUUUGGAAAUUUUUAACUUUGAUAAAAUUAAAAUAGAAAACAUCACAAUAUAAUUAUUCUAAAUUACAUAUCUUCACUUUCAAUCAUUAAAUUUGUUAGAAACAAAAUUUUUAUAAGUCACACUUAGACAAAAUUAAGAAGAUUCGAUUCCUAUUCAUUUUCAGCUUCUAUUUACAAAUUUAAAUUAAUUAACUAUUUAAAAUUUUACUCUAUUAAAUUUAAAUCUGUAAUCAGUCUAAAGCUUAUUUUAGUUUGAGUAUUUAGUUCCUCCUUAAAUAAUACAAAUAUAUUUUAAUUUAUUAAUAAUUUAAAAUUCAAGAAUAUAGAAUUCAGAUAUAAUAAAGUUAGAAGAUAAUGCUUAAUAACUGAUUAAUUUUUAAAUGCAUAAUGUCUUAAUUGAAAAUUCAAAUUUUAAUUCUAGUAGAUUGUUUGUAACUUUGAGUGAAGAAUGUUUUAAUAUUACUGGAACUAUUUCUUAGAUUUUCAUACAAUCUUCUUAUUUCGAAAAUGCUCAACCAUUUAUAGUAACGUAUUGUAUAAGAAAUUUAACAAUAUAGGGAAUCAUCUUACAAAAUUCUUAAUUUCAAAAUAUUUCAUUAUUCUAAGCUACUUUAGAAUAAUAUAAUUCUGAAUACUCUAUAAAAUCUUGUAAUUUUUAUAACAGCUCAAUAAUUGUAUCAGGAUAAAAUUUACAAUUUUAAUACAUUAUUCUAAACAAUAUUGAAUUUACUAAUGUUUUAUACGAUUAAUCCACAAUACUAAUAAAUUUAAACUCAAAUGAUAAAAGCAGCAAGACAUUAAUAUCUAAUUUAAUUUUGGAUACAGUUUCAAUUUAUAGUGAUAUUAAUUUGAGUCUAGAUUAAUUAUCAAUAAUAUUUAUUCAAUCAGAUUUGAUUGAAAUUUAUAAUGCUUCAAUUAUCAGAUCAUAAAGUUUUGCAGAAUUUUCAUUAUCUUCUGCUACUUAUUUAGUACUUUAAAAUAUUACAAUAAAUUUAAACCCAAAGUAUUUUUUUAAAAGUAUAAUUACUGAUAAUUAUUGUUCUAAAUAAAAUGAUAAUUCAAAAUAUAGAACUUCCUUAUUUAUCUAGAAAGUUUAUUAUAUAAAAAUUAAAGAUAUUUCUAUUGUAAAUCUUAUAAUUUUUGACUCUCCUAUUAUUCAUAUUAUAUCAAUUGCUACUUCUGUGAUUAGAAGAUUUGAAACUAUAAUGAUAGAAAAUAUAGAUAUAAUAGGGUGUAUAAUUUAAAAGAAUUAAUUAACUAGUUAAGCUUCUGCUAUUCUAAUUACUUCUGAAUAAUAAUUAGAAAUUACAAUUAAAAACUCAUAAAUCAAAAAUAAUAAAUAUCAUUCCUUUAUUAAAGAAUCAGAGUCUGAUUCAGCUUUAGCCUUAGUUAUUAUAUCAUAUUUUGCUAAAAUAUCAUUAAUUAGUUGUUAAUUUAUCCAAAAUUAUAUCUCAUAAAGUUAAAAUAGCUUAAUAUAUAUAAAUAGUGAAUAAAUAAAUAUCGUUAAUUCGACAUUCAUUUCAAAUAAUAGAAUGCUAGAGGAUUUUCUUAAGCAUAUACUUUGGAAAUUUACUACUAAGUAAUUAACAAUUAAUUAAAUUUAAACGUAUUUCUCAAGCUUCUCUUUAAGUGGUAAUGGGAAUCUUUUAGCAUCAUAAGUUAAAUUAAACAAUAUAACAAUAUAGGAUAGUUUUUCUAUGUCAGCAGGAUGUUUUAAGAUUACUUUAAAAAAUGAAGGAGAAAUAUUAAUAUAUAACUCUGUAUUUAAAAAUAUAAAUACAGAAAUUUUAGAAGAACCAUCUUAUGGGGGCUGCUUUUAUAUUAUUGAUUAAACAGAUAGUAUUAAAAUUGAAAUAUAAAGCUCUAUCUUUCAAAACAUAUAUGGAACAGCAGAAGGAGGUGUUAUUUAUUUAAGAUCUAAUACAAAAUCAAUUAGUUUAAAUUUUUCAAAUUUGACUAUAAUUGAUACUUAUUCUAAUGAUGGCAAUAUUGCUAAGUUAAAUUUAUUAAAUUCUAAUCAAUAAUUUUCAAUGCAAAAUUGCAUAAUUCUUCAAACAAUAGAAGGUUAUCUAACAUACAGAUCUAAACUUAAUAAAAUUAAUCAAUAAAAUCCUUAUAUGAUAUCUAUAUCAUCUGGAGAUAUAAAUUUAGCUAAUAUUUUUGUAAAAUUAUAUUUAACAUCAUUUUUAUAAUUAACCUCCUAAAAUAAGGUUAGCUUAACACAAAUAGAAAUAGAUAAUUCAUAUUAUUAUUAAAGUCCAAUUAUAUUAGUAGAAUUUUCUGUAGGUAUAUGUUAUAUAUGAUUAUUUUAGAUUAAAUAAGUAAAAUUGAAAUUAACAAUUUAAAAAUGAAUAAUUUUAAAUCAUACAAUGAAGAUUAGAUAUCUCAUGUGUCUGAUAUUAGAAUUCCAGUAGAUGAAUCAAUAAAACUGAUUUAUAAUUGUAGUAAUUAAGAUGGUUUACAACUAAAAAAUUAGACAUAUAAGAUUAUAAAUUAAUUAGAAUUAAUAUCUCAUCCUUUUUCAAUUUAAAGUCUUAUUUAGAUAACGAAUGUAAAAUCUUCUGAUUAAAUCCUAAUUAAAUUAUGUUCAUUUUCAAAUAAUUAAUGUUCUAAUUGUCAUUAAGGAUUGAUCUUUAUAAAAUUGAUUGAAGAAUAAGCAAAUAAUAUUAUACUAUAAAAUAAUAUGUUGAUGGAUAAUUAAUGUGGUUAAAAUGGUUGCUUAUAUUUUUUUAAUGAGAUUGAUACUUCAAGAUAUAUAAAUAAUUCAUUGGUUAAAAUAGAUACAAUUCUUUGUUAUAGAAAUACUGCUAUUAUAGGUGGUUGUAUAGUAAGUAAUGGUGUUGGACUUUCAAUAUAAAAAAGUAUUUUUAGUGAAAAUCAAGCAUAUGAAUAAGGAGGAAGUAUUUUUUUUAAAGGAGAUAGUAAAAAUCUAUAAAUUUUAAAUAAUUUAAUUGUUUCAAAUAGUGCUAAAUAAGGAGGCGCAAUUUAUUUAGGUGAAUAUUGUUUACCUGAUUUAAUUAGAACAUAAAACUUUCUACUAAAUAAUACUGCAUAAGAAUAUGGAAGUGUUAGUUCAUCUAAACCUAAUUAACUUACUCUAAAAUACAGAGAUUUUCAAUAUUAAACAUUCAAUUUUAAAUAAAGUGAUUUUGAAAUUGCUUAUUUAACGAUCUACUCUGAAUCUUAAGAAGAAUCUAUUUUAAAAUUACCCAGUGGUUAAAAAAUAUCCUCAUAUUAAUAUUUUAAUAUUAGUAGUUAAGAAUAUCAAAAUUUAAAUUUAAAAUUUCGAGUUAUAGCUUUAAAUCCUUUUAAUGAAUAAUAAUUCAAUCUUAAGAACAGUGAAUGUUUUAUUGAAAGUGGGUAUAAAAAUCCAAAUUAAGAUAUUAUUUAUACAAAUAAUUUGACAAGUUAUACUACAAAAUCAUUUGAUUAGAAAUCAUAAGAUUAUAAUUUUGAUGAUUUAAUACUAUAUUAUGGUAAUACAAAUAAUGAUGAUUAAUUAUUGAUCCUUAAAAUAAAUUGUAAUAGCAUACUAAUACCAAAUUAUAAUGAUUAUUAUCCUUAUGACAUAAUAAAUUACAAUUAAAAAUAUUUCUUAAUUUUAUCUAUUUAAACAUUUCCUUGUCAAUUAGGAGAAUAUAUUAAUGCAAAAGAUAAUUCUUGUAAUUUAUGUGAUGUGGAAAAGAAAUUGUAUUCAGUAACUUUAAAUGCUACUUUUUGUAAAUAUAUGGAUGAAAAAACUACCACUUCAAUUAAACCUGCAUAACUUGAAUUAAAAUAUGGAUAUUGGAGACCAUUUAUAAAUAGUGAGAUUAUUGAGUUUUGUUCAAAUAGAAUAGAAAACUGUUAAGGAGGUUGGUAAUAAGGUGAUAAAACGUGUUAAAUAGGAUAAAUUGGAGCAUGCUGUGAAUCUUGUGAUUACUAUAAUAGUAGAGGAUUUGGUAAAUAUAGUAUUUAAAAAUUAUAUCAAUGCCAAAAAUGUGAAGAAUAAAGUUCAUAAGUUUUAUACAUUUUAUUGAUUACGUUAUGGUAAAUAAAAUUAUUAUUUAGGAAUCUAUUUUCAAUCUAUUUAACAACUUAAGGAAUACAAAAUAUGAUUUUAGAAUUAUAAAGAUAUAAAGUUAGAGGAAGAUAGCUUUUAAUUAAUAGUAAUAAAUAGACAGGUCCUUUAAUGAAGAUGUUUACAAAUUAUUUAUAAAUUUUAGCUAUUAUCUUAAAUUUUAAUACUGAAAUACCAUAAUUAUUUUAAGAUUCCUUUAGUAUUUUUGGCCAAUCUUAAUAAAUGCUAUUAAUCACUACAGAUUGCUUUUUAGCUGAGAAUUUUUAAUCAGGAUUAAUUUAUGUAAAAAUUAUUUAUAGUAUAAUUUGUCCUUUUUUUUUAGGGCUUGUGUUUUUGUUCAUUUACUUUAUUUUAAAUUUAUUAGAUAAGAUUGUUUAUAAUAAGGUUAUAAUAACAACAUGCAUUUUAUAUUUGUUUUGCUAUUUCCAAAUAUAAGUCAUAUCAUUAUUGGUAUCUACUUUAUCAUAUAGAACUCUCUCUGAUGUCAAAUGGAUUUAAGCUGAUUUAGCCUAUUAAUUUGAGUCUUAAACUCAUUAACAAUCUAUACCAUUUCUUAUUUUGCUCAGUAUUUUAAUUGGAGCAAUAGUUCCUUGUAUUUUGGUUUUUAAUUUGGUAAUAAAAAAGGAAAAACUUUAACAGAUUGAAACAAGAAAAUAAUUAGGAUAUUUGUUUUUAGAGUAUCAACCUAAAGCAUAUUAUUGGGAAAUUAUCAGAAUUAUAUGUAGAGAAAUGAUCAUUGUUACAACAACAUUUUAUCAAGAUAGAAUCGUUAUAAAAUGUUCUUUAUUGUUUUUAAUAAUAUUUACAUAUUUUUAGACUAAUAAUAUAAUUUUGCCAUUUCAAACAAAAUCACUUAAUAACUUAGAAUAAAGAAGUUCAUUGUGUUGCACUUUUACAUUAUUAGUUAUGUUCUCAUUAACUGCGACUAUUAACUAUUCUAAUAUAUUAUUAGCUAUUUUGAUUAUACCGAAUGUUUAUUUAUUUUUAUCUUUUGUUAUAAAUUUAAUCAAGAGCUAUAUUGUAUCAUUAGAAGGCACUCUAGAUAAGAUCAAAGAUAUAAUCAGAUAAAAAUUUUAAUUGAGAAUUAAAUACAAUAGCAAUCUACAAAAAUGGCUUAUAAAUAAAGGAUAAAGAAGAAAAGUUGUAUUUGAAAGAUUUUAAUCAAUUAAAAAAUAAAUUUUAAUAAUGAGAAAAUCAAGAACUUUAAGUUUAAAAGAAAAAUAAAAAUGUAACAUAAUAAUUUAUGUUUUAAAUAGAUACUAAUUUUACAACUAAAUUUGAUGACGAUAAUAUAAUUUUAUUAAGACCUUAAUCAUUACUUUCCACUAAUAGUGAAAAUAGUUGUAUAAAUGAUCCUAAAAUCAAUUUAAUCCAAAAAAUAUCAAAUAUCAAAUAACGUAAAUAAAUUUGA